CUAAUGACAUUGCAGAGCAGAACAGCAUCUCCUCACAUGUCAAUAUAAACACUUAAACCUGUGCUGGACACGACCACACGAGCUGUGAUAUAAUCGACAGGUAAAACAGAUGUAUGACGGAUUAACACAUAUACUGCUGUGUAUGGGUGUGAUUAUCAAACAGGUGUGUAUGUUAAGCAGUUGAACCUGUAGAUCUUCGCUUGCGGAAGAGCGGCCAUACGGGCCCAUCGACAUGCUGUGCUGGGGUAAUGCCUCAUACGGGCAGCUUGGUCUGGGUGGGAUAGAUGAGGAGAUAGUGCUGGAGCCGCGGAAGUGUGAGUUCUUCGAGGGCAAGCGUUUACGUGAUGUGGGGUGUGGCAGACGUCAUACCGUCUUUCUGCUGGAAGAUGGAACUGUGUACACCUGCGGCUGCAAUGACCUGGGCCAGCUAGGGCAUGAGAAAGCUCGCAAGAAGCCAGAGCAGGUUGUGGCUCUGGAUGCUCAGAACAUUGUGGCCGUGUCUUGCGGUGAGGCUCAUACGCUUGCUCUUAAUGAUAAAGGGCAAGUGUUCGCAUGGGGUCUGGGCUCAGAUGGGCAGCUCGGCCUCACAAAUAUAGAGGAGUGUGUCCGUGUACCCAGAACUGUCAAAUGUUUAUCGGAGGUGCACAUUACCCAGGUGGCCUGUGGAUAUUGGCAUUCUCUUGCUUUAGCCAGAGGAGGACAGAUAUUCUCCUGGGGCCAAAAUAAAUAUGGCCAGCUGGGUCUUGGGACGCAAGGAGCUUGUGUCUCAUCCCCACAAGUCAUUCAGUCUUUACAGGGUGUUCCUUUCGCUUGGAUAUCUGCAGGGGGUGCACACAGCUUUGGGCUUUCGUUGUCUGGGGCCGUUUUCGGCUGGGGACGAAACAAGUUUGGCCAGCUUGGCCUCAGCGACAAUGAUGAUCGCUAUUUCCCUGCCUUACUGAAGACUCUCAGGUCCCAACGGGUCGUGUAUAUUUGCUGCGGAGAGGACCACACAGCAGCACUGACGAAAGAGGGGGGUGUGUUUACGUUUGGAGCUGGAGGGUAUGGCCAGCUGGGACACAACACGACAAACCAUGAGGUGAACCCCAGGAAGGUGUUUGAACUCAUGGGAAAUGUGGUUGCACAGAUAGCUUGUGGUAGGCAGCACACUUUGGCAUUCAUCCCCUCAUCAGGAAAGAUCGACUCGUUUGGUCUUGGGGGUAACGGACAGCUCGGAACCCGCUCGACCUGCAACAGGAUGAGCCCCGCCCCUGUGAAGGGCUCCUGGCGAGCACAUACUGACCCUGUGCCGAUGGAUAUCGAUAUGAUGGGGUUGUGUAUUUCAGAGUCAGAACAGAGUUACUGUGUGAAGAGGAUCUACGCAGGAGGAGACCAGAGCUUCGCUCACUAUGCUUCACCUCAGGAUGACAGUCCUCCGGUGGAUGUGAGAGUGACCAGACCUGCUGGACAGAUCUACACACUCAACUCUGACCUCAUACAGAAGUGGCUCAGUCACGGCCAUGGCAGACUCUCGCCAGAGAUCACUAAUGAGAUCGAUCUUGUGUUCUCUUCAGCAAGUUGUCUCAAUGGAAGCUUUCUGUCUGGCAGUAAUCCAGAUCACUACAGCACUAACAGCAAGUGCUCAGGUGUAGACAUAAACACGGCUCGUCUGCUCUACCAUAGACUCAUCCAGCCCGAUUACCCACACAUAUCACAGAUUAUAGCGGCUAGUUUGGAGAAGAAUCUCCUCCCCAGAUUGAGCAGUUCUCCUCCAGACAUCGAGGCCCUGAGACUCUUCCUCACACUGCCUGAGUGUCCGCUCCUCAGCGACCCCAACAACUACACCACACUCACCAUUCCCUUCGCCAAAGCUGUCGUCAGCCUGAAAGACGCUCCCUUCAGAGUGCUCGGUAACUGGUGGUCCAGGUUUGAGCCGGCGGUCUUUCAGAGGCUGGUGGAGCUCUAUAAGGAGGUUGUGGUGUAUCUGCUGAGGAUGCAGAAACUGGGAAUUUCUCACUCUGAACAGAGAAUCCUCACGUGCUUCCUGCUCACCUCGCUCAAAUUCUUGGAGAUACUGCACUCAGUUAAUGAGCGUGCUGGACAAAUCAUCCAAUAUGACAAGUUUUAUAUUCACGAGCUGGAUGAACUGAUUGACAUUAGGAAUGAUUAUGUCACCUGGAUUCAACAGCAGAUGUUUUCUGUGGUCAUGGACUCUCAGGUCACCUUGUGUAAAUACCCGUUUGUUUUUGACGCUCAGGCGAAGACGACACUGCUCCAGACCGAUGCUGUCAUCCAGAUGCAGAUGGCAGUAGAUCAGGCUCAGAGACAGAACUUCACAUCUCUGUUCCUGUCCGGUGGAGGGGUGGAGUCAGUUAACCCCUGCCUCAUCCUCAUCGUACGCAGAGAAAAUGUGGUUGGAGACACCAUGGAGGUGCUGAGGAAAUCAAAAAACGUUGAUUACAAAAGGCCGCUCAAGGUGAUCUUUGUCGGUGAGGAGGCCGUGGAUGCCGGUGGCGUGAGAAAAGAGUUUUUCCUCCUCAUGAUGAAAGAGCUGUUGGACCCUAAAUACGGCAUGUUCAGAUACCACGAGGAGUCCAGACUCAUCUGGUUUGCACACAAGACAUUUGAAGACAUCGAUUUGUUCCAUCUGAUUGGAGUGAUUUGUGGAUUGGCCAUCUAUAACCUGACGAUAGUGGAGCUGAACUUCCCUCUAGCGCUGUAUAAGAAACUCCUGAAGAAAGCACCCACACUGGAGGACCUGAAGGAACUCAUGCCUGAUGUAGGAAGGAGUCUUCAGCAGCUACUAGAUUACACAGAGGAUGAUUUGGAAGAAACGUUCUGCCUGAAUUUCACAAUUACAGAGGAUAAUUUCGGUGCUACAGAGGUAUUGGAGCUUGUACCCAAUGGGACGGACAUCAGUGUAAACAAAUCCAACAGGCAGGAGUUUGUCAACGCGUACGUCGAUUAUAUAUUCAACACUUCCGUGGCUCCUCAGUUCAAUGCUUUCUAUGCUGGAUUUCAUAAAGUGUGUGGAGGGAAAGUUCUGGAGCUCUUCCAGCCCAGCGAACUGCAGGCCAUGGUGAUCGGAAACACUAAUUAUGACUGGAAGGAAUUAGAGAAGAGCACAGAGUAUAAAGGCGAGUACUGGGCGGAGCACCCCACCAUCAAGAUAUUCUGGGAAGUGUUUCACGAACUGUCUUUGGAAAAGAAGAAACAAUUCCUACUAUUCCUGACGGGCAGUGACCGUAUCCCCAUUCUGGGCAUGAAGAGCCUGGCGUUAGUUAUCCAGCCCACCGGUGGAGGUGAGCAGUAUUUCCCUGUAGCGCACACAUGCUUCAACCUGCUGGAUCUGCCCAAGUACAGUAGCAAGGAGUCACUGCGAGAGAAACUGCUGCAGGCCAUCGAACACAACCAGGGUUUCAACCUUGCCUGACGUGCACAAGCACAGACCAGCUGAUCAAUGAUGAUCAUCUACAGACGCAUAUGACACCCACAGGUAUAAGAUACUUAAAAGAAUCCUGCAGAGUUUGGCUGAUUAAUCGUGUGACUGCUGUUAUUUUGAGUUUGUUAUAGAAAUAGAAGCAUUUGAUUUAUUGUGCAAUGGAUGCUUUAACAGGAAUAAUCAUUUACACAGACCACAAUUCAAAAAGAGACACGGAUAUCUGCAAAUAUAUGGUCCCGAAGGGCUUAUUAAAAUAUGUUAACAGUAUUUAUAUAUCAAUAUUUUGUUACUUACUCAACGUUUGGGUGACACUUGUGUGUUUAGUAACAUUUGUUUUUUCUGUUGAAGUAGUGCCAGAAGUCUUGUGUAUCUAACCUUUUGAUAUCAUCAUUAAGGAUAUUAUUGUAUUCUCGAUGUAAAUGACAUAACUAAUGCGUUAAGCAAGUGCAGAAGUCUCUUUUGCCAAAUCAGUAAGAUUGCAUGUCUUGACUGUCAGUGGUCAAGAAUACUAGAGAAUCCCAAAACAUUUACUGAAUGUCACUAAGUUUAAAGAGGCCACAAAAUGUGGCAGUUCAUUCAGAUUUGCAGCAUAAUGGAUGAAUAAUGUUGCAGAAUAAUUGUUCUGCACAUGUUUAUUAAAAUAAAGUGGUACCAUGUUUUGCUUAUGUGCCUUAAAACUAAACAUUCUGUUAUGUUUUUUAGCUUAUUGAGUUAUUUUGUUUUGUCUAAUCAUUUUUUUUAAGAUUGAGUAUCAAAACCUGAUAGCAUGUGUGAUGAAAACUGAAUCACGUAUGUAUUCAUCAUAAUAAAAUAUUUUUCAUAUUGUGGCAAAGUCUUACAAAGUGAUUGCAUGAUUAAAAAAGCAAACUGCUGCUAAUAAUUUUCUGACACAUCAGUCAUUACACUUAGCCUGUAUUAAAUGUUAGUCUUAAUGCUGUCCAUCACACACCUGUCCAAUUCAAUCAUACAUGCAGUAGUUGUGUGUUGAGGAAUAUGUGGAAAGCAAUUACAAAUGCUGACAUUUUUCCUGUUUGUAAAUUGUAAAUAAACAUGAUGUUUUCUA